AUGGAAGCAGCUGAGCCUGGAUCUGCACCUGCCUGGCACAAUAGCGCAACGAUUUCGGCACUCGCCCACGCACCGAAGCAACCCUCAGAGAAACUUCGUCCUCAGCCACCACCGCAAGCCCCGUCGCGUCAACAUACGCAAUAUCGUGACGGCCUCGAGCGCUCGCAACAAGAUCGUCCUGCCAUGGCCGCGGCCACGGCGACCGUCCUACAGCCUGCCGGCGCCUACCCACCCGCUCCAUCCUACUCCUCGACGUACACGAACCAAGCUGGUGGCAUGAUGCCCUUGGCGGACGCGCGCCGAGGCGAUGGCCUCGAGCCGACCGAGGCCGCAAAACGACAAUCACUGCCAUCCCUGUCCGAAGUCAUCAACAAGAAUCCCGACUAUCCACGUCCCCAUCCGCCUUCGGCAGGUCCCGCUCCUCCUGCGACUUCGAUUCAGCCAGGCACCAAUUUCCCAUCGCCAUACGCACCCUCGGGGUCCCUGCGGUCGUACGCGGACAGCAGCAGCAAACACACAUCGCCGCAAAAUAUGCGUUCCGCGUCCACAUACCCCCCUCGACCAGAACCUCUGUCCUCCUUUGCCGAAUCCCCCCGACCAGCGCUGAAUGGGAGGCCUAUACUACCACCUGUUCCUAGCAGGCGGCCAAGCCCGCCUCAACACCAUGAUGUGACGCAUUCAUAUGGAACCGAACAGCCGAAAGACCCCCGGCAGUCGGUGAACGGUGUAUACCAGCAUCCCCCACCACCAGCCCCGCCGCAACACCUAUCCUCAGCCACGUCUGGGUAUCCUACGGGGCCUCCUCCGCCUGGGCAGCUGCCUUUGCCUCCCUUUCAGUCCCCGAGACAAACACACAUGGCUUUCGAAUCGUAUGAGCAUCGUCGGCAGCCAGAGCACGAGGGCCACGACAGGGUCAACCGGGUGGAAUUUGAGGGCGCUCCUUACUCCGACACCAUAGUGUACAGAGAGGGUCUUGCGCGGAUGGCCAACCACGCCAAGACACUGCUUAAUUUUGCUGAUGCCUAUAGCGGGCUUGCCCGCGAAGAGCACGGCAGUCAUCCGAUCCCCGAACGAAUGCCCACCGAGAAGGAGAUCAAUGACGUCGUCAGUUACGUGGACGCCAUCAAGGCCGACCUGGACAGUGUGAAGCAUAUCAUGUACAACGCCAUACAGAAUCGCGAGCAGCCCCCGCGGAGGGCAUACGCCGAAGACCACGAUGCCGCGGUGUACGAAGAGAGCAUGAAGUUCAACCACCAAACAGUCCUUCCCGAGAAACGUAAGCGAGGACGCGUUGCGCCUCCCGGCAGAUGUCACAGCUGCAACCGCGUCGACACCCCUGAGUGGCGGCGGGGACCUGACGGCGCGAGGACUCUGUGCAAUGCUUGUGGGCUGCACUAUGCCAAGCUGGAGAGGAAAAGGCUUAUAGAACAACGAACGAUUGCCGCGACAAUCGACGCAGGCAACUGA